AAUAAGAUGACAUAAAAUUCGCUAAGUUUCUUCUGGAGAGAUCAAGAGACAGGAGGAAGCGUCCCGAAUAUCCCCCACCAGUCCACCACCUUCGGUUUUCUUCCCACUCUUUUAUUCCAUCCAUCGGCACCAAGCUCUAAAGUAAACCCUAAGUUGUUGGAGAGUAGGAGAUUCGAAACCUUAGGGAUUUGAUUUCGGCGAAAAGGAGUUUCGAGGUUUGCGAUUUUAUCGCUUAAUCUUGGUGUUCUGGUGGCUGAUUUGGGGAGGAUUUUAAUUGGGUGCUGGGGUUAGGACUGGAUUUACGUAUUGUUGGUUGGAGGGAGAUGGCUGGAAUUCUGUCGGGGAAGAUGAAGAGGAAGGAUCUGGAGGAGGUCUUCAAUGGGUUCUCGGAAUUCUCGCUGUCGUCGCCGGCUAAAAAGAUUAGGAGACUGUCUUUGUACGAGAUACAUGGAAUUUGCAAUGAUUUCUUGCACCUUUAUGCUCGAUUUUAUCAGAUCCUCCAAUGUCAGCAUUUUUUUUCGUUCUUUUUACAAUUUGAGAUUUCUUGGUGGCGGAUUGGAUAUAAAUAAUCGUUGAGGGAUUUUGGUGGUUUAAGGGAUGAAAACAAAAAAAUCUGAUUUUGGGAGGCGCAGGUUACCAAUUUAAGAGGAAAAAGAGAUUUUGGUCAUAAACCAUUUAUUAAGUGAUAACUUCUCAUGCUUUAAGUUGGUUCACGAUGACGUAUGAAUUCUGGUAUUUCUCCGUCUAAUUCCCUGUGUGAAAUCCCAAUCGUUCUUCUUCUUCUUUUUUUUUUUUUUUUUCAAAUAACAGCAUCAUUAAUUAUACCUUCUUUCUCACAUAAAGGAUUCGUCUUUGGUGCAUUGUUUUCCAAGUUGGCUUUUCCUCGGUCGCCAUGCAAAUUUGAUGAUAGAGAAAAUUAAUGGAUUGGUUGUUUUGCUCUGUUUGUUUGUCCGAUUCAUACCUGGCCAUUUAGUAGCUGUUUUGUUUUUCUUUUUAAUCUUUCUAUUCGUUUAUUCUUCUUUCCUUCCUACGUUUCCAAAGGACGCGGAGCUGCUGCCAAUUAUGGAAGAAGAAGACCCAAGAGAUCAAAUGAGUGCUAGUAGCAGCGUGGUGGAAUUAGGAUCCACUAUGACGGAUGAUGCGGCGCCAGUUCCUGCUUUGAAUGAGGAGAGAGCUCUUGUUCUGUAUAAGCCUGUGGACGCCCAACUCCUCUUGUCCCCAGGUCAAUCAAAUGUUUCAUUCAGAGUGAGCUCGGACCUGAUCCAUGGUCUCAAGAAUCAAGCUUUCCAGUCGGGUAACCAGAUGCCAAUAGAACACAAAUCAGUUGUGUCUAAUAAUUGCCUAGCGGUGAUUCCCUGGUUGCCAAACCAGGGGCCUGCGGCCGCUACUGGGUUUGGUGAGCCCAAAUUAUAUAGCGGGUUAUCCCAGGAGCCCAUGGAGGCUGGAGAAGUUGAAAGCACAUCUAUGGAAGUAGAAGGAGACAGAGAGCAGGCGGCUGUCGACGGAGUGGGUGUUGAAGGAUUCCAUCAGUGGCAGCAGCACUGCAUGACUCCCCAUCUGCCAGCCAACUCAUCGACCCCUAUCAUGUGGCCUUGGUGAUGAACAGCGGAAUGCAUGACCAUUGCCUUUUUGGCGAAGGAUAUUCCAGCUUUUCCAGCUUUGCACCGGGAAUCGGAGAUAGUGAUGGUAGUCUGAUUGCUUUUGUUGUUCUCUUUCUUUCGAUCAUUCUGUGACAUAUUCCAGCAGAAGAAUUGAAGGAUUUGUUUUAAGGUAGGAGAAUCCAUGGGAAGCUCCUUUUGUACAUGCAUGUAGCUUCCAGUUGUAGAAUAGAGGAUUCUCUUUUAGGCCUUAUCUUUGAAAUGAGAAACAUCAGUGUGUCGUAGCCCUCCACAAUCUCGGCUUCCAUGUGGUCCAGCUCCAGCGGUAGCCCCUGUUCGCUCAAUUUUUCUUUUGUAGUGAGUGUGGCUUUAAGCAGGUUGGCCAUUGGUGUUUUUGAAAGUUGAUGCCUAUCUGAUGAUAAAGUGAUAUGGCAACUUAUGUUCAUUACACAUAAUAAACAUGCAAAAACUUGAAGGAAAAAAAAUCUCUGAAUGUUGCUUAA